CGCUCUCAUUCACUCUGAGCUCGCGCCUCCCAGCUGGAGCUCGCGCUCUCGCACAAACGGACACCGCCGGCGCCGCUGAUCGGUCGCUCUUCCUCGUAUUCUUCCUCAUCUUCCUCCCGGCAGACGGACGGAGGGAUGCUGAACGGGAGAGCUUCUUCAUCAUCAUCGUCGUCGUCGUCAUCAGCACCAUCAUCCUCAUCUUCCUCCUCCUCCUCAUCAGCAGCGGCUGUCCUUCUCCUUCAAAAGUUGCGGAACAUCCGGGCUGACCGGAGGGGUUCGGACCCGCGAGAGUCCGGCUCCGCUCAGACCGGCUCUCUUCUGGACCCCGCGAUCACGGAUUUAUUUGGCGCACGCGCCUGCAUCGAUGUUUGAUUGAUCAGGAAGGAACCUAGCGCAAAUCAAUAACAGCAGGGGAGAGGGGGGCUGCUAACGGGACAGUUUGGCGGAACCGCGCAGCAGGUGAACGGCAGGUGGGGGUGGGGGGCGAUCUGAACCCGGAGGGGGGAGAACCACCAGUCCCCGGGGACGGACCGUCAGCUGACAGCAGCCUGAGACCACGGCCCCCCCAGCGGAGAAGUUCCUGUGGAGAGGGGGGUGUGGGGGGUUCGCUUUAAGGAUUCUCCGGUUUUACCGGCAGUUCUGGUUCUGAUCAUAGGAAUGAGCCAACGUUUGUUUACUUAUAAUUGUUGCCCCCCAUGCCGGUAUCCCAUGAGGGGGGGCAUUAAAGCCUUCAUCACCUGCUGAAAGUAGCAGAACUUCCUCAGAUCUUCUGCUGGUUCUGGGCUGAGCAGAACUUCUGCAGAACUGAGGUUCUCCUCACAGACGUCCAGAGACCACUUUAAUGCAGGUUUGACUUUUCUGCUCAGAGGAGCUUCAUCCCCGGCUGAAGGAGCCCGGAUGCUCCUCAUCCUCCUCAUCCUCGCCUCAGACUCUGCUUUUGAAAUCGAGCCUCGCCGCAUUGAUUCUGGUCUCAUCGUCGCAGAACCGAUCCGCUCGCCGCCGUCUCGUCCUGCAGAGUUUGUCAGCGUUGCUCCUGAAAUGUGAGACGCUCUCGUUGCUCCAGAUCCACCUGGACUCUGCGCCCCGGCAGCAGCGAGGUCAGAGGUCAGGAGGGAACCGCUGAAUGGAUCCGGACCAACCCGUCUGACAGCAGCCAGGUCCGGGCUCUGAGCUCCCAGGUGGGUUCUCUGAGGGACUACUGGGAUGGGACUGAACGAUAGCAGCCCCGGCGCCAUGCGGAACGGCCGCGGCCUCUCCGAUCAGUGGGCCGACUCCGUGGUGGUCCGGCCUCGGACCACAGAGCGCCACAUCACCGUGCACAAGCGGCUGGUGCUGGGCUUCGCCUUGUCCAUCGUCACGCUCAUCAUUGUGACGGCGGUGGCCGUGGUCCUCAGCAUCCGCUUCGAGGACUGUGGAGACCGCAGGGGGGCCCCGGGGGAGGCGGGCCCCAGGGGGUCAGGGAGGUCAAACGGGAGCAGAGGGGACAGAACGGGGGACAGAGGAGACGAGGAGUCCGUCCAGCCGUGGAGGAACCCGCGGCUGCCCGGCUCCUUGAGGCCGAGGCACUACGACCUGCGGAUCUCCGUCUACAUGGACAACUUCACCUUCUCCGGAGAGGUCAGCGUGGAGCUGGAGUGUCUGAACGCCACGCGCUUCAUCGUCCUACACGCCGACCGCCUCGAGGUGGACAGAGUGUCCGUCACAGCUGAAGGUGCCGGCGGCCGGCCCGCCAACAGGCCAGGGGGCGGAGUCAUGCGCAUCCACCGCCACUUCCCCUUCCCGGCCAACCAGAUGUACGUGGUGGCGCUGCACCGCGAGAUGAAGCCCAUGAGGGUUUACCGGCUGAACAUGAGCUUCGACGCCGCCAUCGAGGACGAGCUGCUGGGCUUCUUCAGGAGCGCGUACAGCCUGCACAGGGAAAGACGCUUCUUGGCAGUGACUCAGUUCAGUCCGAUCCACGCUCGGAAGGCCUUUCCCUGCUUCGAUGAGCCCAUCUACAAGGCCACCUUCUCUCUGACCCUCCGCCACGACCCACAGUACAUCUCUCUGUCCAACAUGCCUGUGGAGGCCAGUUCGCUGUCAGACGAAGACGGCUGGGUGACCAAUCGUUUCGCCAGAACGCCACGCAUGUCUACUUACUACCUUGCCUGGGCCGUCUGCAACUUCACCUACAGAGAGACGCAGACCGACAGCGGCGUUACGAUCCGCCUUUACGCCCGGCCGGAUGCCAUUUCGAGCGGCGCCGGGGACUACGCUCUCCACAUCACCAAGAGGCUCCUGGGAUUUUAUGAGGACUACUUCAAAGUGCAGUACUCACUGCCCAAGCUAGACUUGCUCGCCGUGCCCAAGCAUCCCUACGCCGCCAUGGAGAACUGGGGCCUGAGCGUCUUCGUGGAGCAGAAGAUCCUGCUGGACGCCGAGGUGUCGUCCUCCUCGUAUCAGAUGGAGCUCACCAUGGUGGUCGUCCACGAGAUCUGUCACCAGUGGUUUGGGGAUCUGGUGACGCCGGUGUGGUGGGAGGACGUCUGGCUGAAGGAAGGAUUCGCUCACUUCUUCGAGUAUGUCGGCACGGACUUCCUCUUCCCCAAGUGGAACAUGGAGAAGCAGCGCUUCCUGACCGAUGUCCUUCAUGAGGUGAUGCUGCUGGACGGUCUGAGCUCCUCCCAUCCCAUCUCUCAGGAGGUGGAGCGGGCUACAGACAUCGACCGAGUCUUCGACUGGAUCGCCUACAAAAAGGGGGCAGCACUGAUCCGGAUGCUGGCUAAUGUGAUGGGACAACCGCUCUUCCAAAAAGGGCUGAAUGAUUACCUGCUGAGUCACAUGUACAGCAACGCCGCCAGAGAUGACCUGUGGAGCAAACUGUCUCAGGCCAUGCACUCGGAAGGGCGGGACAUAAACAUCGGUGAGAUGAUGGACAGAUGGACUCUGCAGAUGGGCUACCCUGUUGUUACCAUCAGCAAGAACCAAUCAGAGCAGCGUCCUACUCAUUACAUCACCAUCAACCAAAAGCACUUCCUGUACGGAGAGGAAGCUAGAAAAAACCUCAGUUUACAGUGGCAGAUUCCAUUGACCGUCGCCGUGGGAAACCAAUCCUCUGUGUGUGUGGAGCAGCUGAUCUGGAUCAACAACAGGACAGAAACCCAUAGGAUUGGGCAGAUGGACGACGACACCUGGUUGCUAGGCAACAUCAACCAGACCGGCUACUUCCGCGUGAACUAUGACCUCCAGAACUGGAAGUUGCUGAUUCAGCAGCUUCACAGCAACCCUCAGAUCAUCUCUGUGGGAAACAGGGCGGGACUUAUCGACGACUCCUUCAACUUAGCCCGGGCGGGGUACCUCCCACAAGGCGUCCCCUUGCAGCUGAUUGGUUACCUGCCAGAGGAGACGUCCUUCCUGCCGUGGCACUCUGCCAGCCGAGCGCUGUACCAGCUGGACAAACUGCUGGACCGAACGGACGAGUACCGGCUGUUCAGUGACUACGUGUUGAAGCAGGUCGCCUCACGGUACCAUCAGAUGGGCUGGCCGUCAAACGGCCCCGGGACGGAGGGCAACAUCCUGCAGGCGUCGUAUCAGACCGAGGAGCUGCAGAGGGAACUCAUCAUGUUGGCUUGCAGCUUCGGGAACAAACAGUGUCACCGUCAGGCCGUGGCCUACAUCUCUGACUGGAUUUCCAGCAACAAGAACAGGAUUCCCCCGAACAUCCGCGACAUCGUUUACUGCACCGGGGUCAGUCUGAUGGACGAGGACGUGUGGGAGUUCAUCUGGAUGAAGUUUCACUCCACCAACGCGGUUUCAGAGAAGAAGAUCCUGCUGGAGGCGCUGACGUGCUCGGACAACACCUUCCUCCUCAACAGGUUACUCAACCUGUCUCUGAGUUCAGACCUGGUCCCAGAGCAGGACGUGAUCGAUGUCAUCAUCCACGUGGGCAGGAACCCUCAAGGUCGAAACCUGGCCUGGAAAUACUUCAGGGAGAAGUGGGACAUCCUGAACGCCCGAUACGGAGAAGCUUUGUUCAUGAACUCAAAGCUCAUCGGCGGAGUGACAGAGUUCCUCAACACGGAGAAGGAACUCUACGAGCUGAAAGAAUUUAUCCAGUCCAGUGGCGUUGGGGCGGGGCCUGCGUUGCCACGGGCACUCGAGAUCGUUGAGGGCAACGUGCGCUGGCACCGCCUUCAUCGGCGGCAGUUCUACCAGUGGCUACGCAAACCUCCGAGCCUUGGAUAAUGCUCAGCAGCUCGCCGGACUGCGAAUUGACUGCUGAGCUAGCUAAUGCUAAUGCUAGCCUACAGAAGCAGUCACAACAGGGGGGAAAAAUGCGGGAAAAUGGGCUUUAACGGUUCUGCGGCUGGUUUUGUGGAUUGUUUCCUUUUUUUGAAAUUCAGUUUCAACCUUUCGAGUCUUGAUGGAGGCGGUCCCUCCUCAGCAUGCGGCUGAUGUGGUCAAACUGGUUUCUGUGCUCAGAAAAAGUAAAACUGUGAUUUAGCAAGCUAGCAUAAGCGCUCUCGGCUGUUUUUGAGAGCACUACAACAGUACAUUCACAAACACAUCACACUCAAUCACAGCAAACGUGACUUACCUCAAUAUGUUUUGCUAUUUUUGUAAUCAUGUUUUGAGGAUUCUUAAGCUAAAGUUAGUGAGCGAAACAAAGCUAGCUAAUGUUAGUAAGCUAGCUUUUUAUGAAUGUUUUUGCAACGAACAUAGAGUCCAAGCUCCAGUAGGUCCUGCUGUCAAAUUCUUCAACCCUAUAUGUCUAUAGGGUUUUUUUGUUAAACAAUUGAAAAUUUACAAUUACCUUUCUCCACCACACACUGUAAAAUAGAUUUUGGUAUAAAAAAAGAAAAAGUAAUACAUGUAGUCAAGAUUAAAUUUAAACAUGUGAAGAAAAGAAAAAGAAACUCAGCUCAAAUACCUUUUAUUUCUCUGUGAAGGAUUUUAAAUCACUGAAGUGAAGAAAUAUCUAAAGAGAUAAAAAGAUGGGUCUUGUUUUACCCGGACAGAAUUCUACCUGUAAAAUUUUAAAUCAAAUAUCAGACGAGUUGUGUGAAUAACUCCAUUAAAAGUGAAUGUUUUGUCUUCAGAUUAAAAUGACAGAAUAACAGGUUUAAUCUCAAAAGACAAAUUCCCCGUUUCAGCAAGGUUUUUAUUUUCACAAAGAAGCUUGUUUCAUAACUUACUGGUAAACAUUUUCAUGAACUAUCCUGUCUAUAAGCUAAAGUUACUUUUUUGGCUCCUUUUUGAUCUGAUGCUGUACUAAAUUGUUGACUUUGCAACAACAAGGGACUUCAAAUUUGGCUGCAUUUGUGUAUAAAAAAAAGAUCAGUUGAUCAGUUUUAAUGAACCUCCUUCCAGCCCAUUAACAUGUUAUUCUAUUAUUUACACUUCAUCGAGUAAUUAAACAUUGUUGAAGGAUUUGUUUCCUCCAACUGUUUUUUUGUGACCAAAACACAAAAUAUUUGAAGUCAGACCUUCUUGUUUUUACCUCACUUGAACGUUCAGGCGUGUUGAUCACAUAACAAGAGCUGUUAUUAACGCCACGUGGACUGCUUUGUUCACGCCACUCUGAAAUUCAUUAAGACUCAUUACCUCCUCGCUACGUUCCAGCUGCCAGCGUUUGAGUUUAGAGAGAAACUUUGAUUUUGUCACGAUCAAAAAACGUCCGGCAGUUAGGAAAACAUCAGCAGCCUUGAGAGGCGUCAGAAAGUCCUUUGUGUUGGAAAGCGGAUUGAACCUCCAACAUCUUUGCUCGACACCAAAACAAGCUUCACAUGUGGAGGAAUAAUAGUCUUUGAAGAGCUGAGACGCUAACGAGCUGAGCUAGAGCGCGUCCGCCACAGCUUUUUAAGGCAAAAACAAGACUAGAAUGAAAGGACCGCUGCUGUCAGAAAACAAUUGAACAUGACAGAUGGGGAAAUCAACAUGAAUUGACAAACUAGAGAUUAAAACUUCCUACAUUCCUCACAAAAACCCAAACCAGAAAGUUAACUGAUUGAUUCUGAUACACAAAGAAAUCUCUAAAAAAAUCUGAUCUGUUGUUCAUAUAUCUUUUUUUAUAGAAAUAGUCCAAGUCAGACCCUCUGGUGAAUUUUUGUCUUUAAUAUUCUUCUAAUUUGUCAUUUUAAAUCAAUUUUCUUUUAAAUCUACAUUUUUUUGGUUUCUCAACUCUUACAAAAACACUUCCAUUAUAAACAUUUUUUUUCUUUUUUAGCAAUUUUUGGAAAUUAACCGAGUGAUUUAAGACCAAAAACUAAUUUCUAGUUUCACGAAGCACAAAAUCAGAAAGCUGUUGAGCAACAUCAGCCUCAGCUGCAGGACAGAAUGGCUGCCGGUCGGCUCACACAAUCCGGCUGAUGGAAAUAUUUGUUGUGAUGUUUUACGCAGAUGAUGUGGCUUUCUAUGCGGGAUAGUUCCCAUGCCAACAGAAGCUGACCAGUGGACUUUUACAGCAUGUUGAAGAAGUCGCAUCAUUGACAAUGUGAAGGAGCAGUCAGGGGGAAAUCUAUCCGCUGAUAUUUGAACAAACUUUCCUAGACUUUGGAUUCGUGUUGGAUUAUAACGGCGGCCUACUUUGAGGAGCGCUCUCAUUAAAGGAGGAAUAUCUGGAAUAAGAUGGCUUUCUUGAAUGUGACGGAGUGAAAACAGUGACACCAGAGAAUGAGAAGUUUGGACGUAUUCAUUCAUCUGACGACAAACUCCUCUGAUUGACGGAGUUUUGGUUUGGAUCGUUCAUGGAGUUGAAGCGACUUUUCAAACGGAAAUAUGAUUGAAGGUGGACACAGAAGUGCCUCCAAAGUCCAGAUGCAUUCAUGGCUCCAGAACCAGAAAACAUCAGAACCAAUGAAUUCUUUCCUCUGUCUGGACCCAGCUUUCAUGUUAAAAAGCGAGCCAUAUAGCAGUUAAUGGGCCUGCCUGCUUCUGUAUAUUGUGUGUCCUGUGGUGUCUGUGUGUGUGGGAGUGUGUGUGAUGGUCGCAGCAGUGGUGACAGAUUCAAACUCUUGAUUAAAAUUCUAAUUAAAACAAUUCUGAUGAGGAUUGAUGCAAACUUUAUGAUGAUGAGUCAGAAACAAUCACCAGUGAUGUGAAAAGCUAAUUAUUUCUUAAUUACGUUGAUUAGUUGAUGCAUUUUAAACAAAUAAUUGUCCAGUCAGGGAAAUUGGGUUUACGGUCACAAAGCACACAACAUGUAUGAUUUGAACUGUAAAUGAUUGGAGUGGGAUAUUUCAAAUGAAGAGGUGUCCUUUAAAAGUGUUUCAUGUUAAAAAACAUUGGUGUUUGUGACAACAAAGAGGGUGAGGUGGAUCAGAGUUUGGUCCAAAUCCUGUUUACACUGCGCUGGUUUGUUGUGCUUUUGAUUGGAUGAUAUUAAAAAGUGAACCUGGA